AUGACCAGAAAGAAAGUCAAACUAGCCUUCAUGAUGAACAACUCGUCGCAAAAAGCGACGUUCAGGAAAAAGAGGAAGGGAUUCAUGAAGAAGUAUGAAAUCAAUAAACUUUGUGAUGUUCUAACAUGCGCUAUCAUGUACAGUCCAAAUAAGUCUCAACCUGAUGCCUGGCCUGAUCAUUCAGAAAUGGUCGAAAUGGAGCUGGAGAAGGUAAACAAGCUGGAGAAAGGGAACCGAGAAUUGGAAAUUUGGAUGGCAAUGAACCACUUCAUUGCUGGGAAGCCCCUGAACGACUUGCAGUUCACUGAUUUAAAGGAAAUGAGGAGGAUGAUCGAAGAAAAAUUGAAGGAAUUUGAAGCGAAUAUCAAGAGCUGGAAGGAGGAGCUGGCGAAGAUGAAUCAACUCUUAGGUGCACAACCUACAGUAGCUGGUGAGAAAAUUCAGAACGUCAUGCAGAUGGUUCCAUGGUCCAUGUGGGACGUGCCGACCAAAAGUUCUUGA